UCAAUAAUUUUACGUGUUACAUUUGUUUCCUUUUACCAUGCUGCCGAAGACGCCAAAAUCAGCCAUUUGGAGAUUUAUUAAGGGAAGCGCCAAAACACUAUUUGUGCUGGAAGCUGUUUGUUUUGCCGCAAGCUACGGACUCUACUAUCGCAUGAACACGGACCAAGAUUUUCGCCGGUAUAUCAACGAAGAGUAUCCCUUUGCACUUGAGUAUUACUACAAAAUCGGGGAAAUUGUGGGCGACAGCACAAUACGGCAAACGGACGCAAUUAAUUGGAGCUCUCAGGCAGCACAAUUUAAUAAGAGAGAAUAAGUUUCAUUUGUAGUUUGAUUACCGAUGGCUAGCAAUCCGUAUGUCAAA